CUGGACUGUAUCGCUUACUUCCUUAGAUACCGCCUACAUUGCUUACAACUUAAUAUGGUGUUCUGUGGAGUAUAGCCUUAUUCUGCAGUAUUCUAUAGCUUUGAAUUAAAACCCUUUAAAACACAUCAUCUAAAAUGGAAGUUCAUCAGCAACAUAAAACAGGCGUAGCCUUUUUAGCCUCUUCAAAUCGGCAGAUGUAUCCUUUCAAUACACCCUACAACAGAUUUGGAAAUGAGAUGCUCCCUAUUCGUGGGGCACCAAAUCGUGGUCCAGGCUGCUACAAUAAUGAAGAAAAAACUAAUUUCAUGUAUGUCCUCAACAACAAAAUCAUAAGUAGCAAAGGAUACACACUGGGUGCUAGAACGGCAAAUCGUUUUACACCGUUUACUAAGUUCCAGUCACCAUCUUCAUGGGAAUACCAGGAGGAUCACUCAGAACCUCGUCCCUUUACAAGCUGUAAAAAACCCUUUCUUGCAGGUUCUGACCGCUUUCCUGUUAAUAAAAGGAAUAUAAUGGAUGUCAUCCCUGGGCCUGGCACUUAUGAGCACAAUAUCCCACGUAAUCGGCAAGUGCAGUGGCAUCAGUCAUUUGGUAGUGCUCCUGUCCUGAUGCCUGCAAUCAGUAUCAAGAGCACAAUACCACCAAACACAGACAAGCUUUACAGCACAAAAGAGGAAAAAAAAUAUCAACGGAAGCUGGCAUAUCUGAAGCUAUACUAUGACUGACAAUGUGAUGAAAAGGCUUGGUUUGUCUCCCAAGACUGAACAUCACUGAGUUUCUAUUCUGAGCAAUCCAAUGACAAUUUCUGUUUAUUAACUGGUGAACUUGUACAAGUAUACAAUUCUUUCACUAACAGUGAUAAUUAUAAAGCCAAAUAGUGAAGAAGGCUAUAGCCAAAACAUGCCAUUAAUGCACAAAAGGUUACUGUUUAUUAAUAUUACAUAUUCUGAUUACGUGCAUUCAUUCUUGAUAUGUACUGAGGCAAGCCAUGCAGCAUAAAGGAGCUGGACAUAGUGACAUAAGGUUACUGUUAAAGUGGGGGUGUGAAUGUUACUUAACAUUGCAUCAGCACUGAAGGCUGUAUCAUACUGAUGAAAGUACUAAAUGCUCUCCACCUCAUCCUAAAGUAACAAAAAUGAUAAAAGGUAAGGGGAGGAAGUUAUGAAUGGCAUAUGACCUUUGAAAAUGGUAGCAAAACCCAUGUGAAGGUGGUAACAAAUGGUAAGAAAACCUAAUUGGCAGCAAGUGUAAAGUAUUGUUCAGAAUGUUAACAGGGAGGUCAACUUAGACCAGGGAUGCCUAUGGCCUGCAGGGCCCAUCCGGCCCGCUCAUUUUAAUCCGACACAUUAAAUUUCAUUUUUAAUGUCAUGAUUCUGGCAAAUCUGCCAUGUUGUGGCCCGCGAGAUUUUAUAUCAUGUCGAGUGUGACCCUCGGGCAAGAAAAGGUUAGGCACCACCGAUUUAGACAAACUGCCAGAAACACGUCAGCAAAUUUAAGUGGCACGCAAAAUGUACUUUGAUUAAGCCACAAUUUUGUUGACAAUACUAAAAAAUACCUUUCCAGCCUAAAAGACUGCUAUAAAUCUGGUCAAAUGAAACAGAAAUCCCUCUGAAUGGACUAAAUAUCUAUUGUAUCCAAUGAGCAUCUUAGAUAAAAUUCAGGUCAUUUUAUUUGCAGUCCUAGGCAUGUUGUUCUUUUUAUGUUAAUGGGUAUGGCAUAUUCUAAUGCAGUUGUAGACUAACAUGUGAUGUUGUAUUAGCUAUAUUUGUCAAUAGGAAGGUAAGGAAAAGGUUCUGGCUCUUUUUUCAGCCAAAAAAAAAACAAACUAUUGGAUAAGUUACACAUAAUGCUUAAAGAAUUGCAGCUAUUUUGAUUUUUUGUGGGUAUAAUGCAUAUUUGUACAGCUGCAAAUCAUCUUAGAGCUCCACUUGGGCUACAAGUGUAAUUUCAUAAAAAUGAAAGUAAUACAAUGAUUUCAAAAAA